AUGGACUUGCUCGGUCCCGUGUACCUUGGCCGCGUCCUCCGGUUGUGCCAGUUCGUGUUCACCAUCAUCGCCAUGGGGCUCGCCCUCGGCAUCGACCUGGGGCUCGCCCACCCGCACACCACGUUCGUGUUUGCCGUCACCAUCCUCACCUACGUGUGGAUCAUCCCCAUGUGGUUUGCCACGAUUAUCCGGUACUACCCGGCCCACGUCAUCUUUGUCGGCGAGGUGCUCAUGCUGAUAUUCUGGCUCUGUGCCAUGGCGAUAAGCUUACUGGACUACGCUAGCAAAAGCUGUACUGUGGUCAAUACUGUGGGAGAUGCCACCUAUACGGAAACCGAUUCCAAGUGCGAGAUCGGUAAAGCCCUUGCCGGUUUCGCCACCGUGGUGUGGGUGUUUUUCCUCGUCACGCUAGCGCUCGUCGUCACGUUUAUCGUCUAUCCAAUCCUGUCGCAGGUGGGUCUCCCUGCGUUGUGGACACUGGUCACAGACAACGCAUUCUACCCGGGCGGGGUGUUUUGUGGCGAGGUCUACGUGAAAACGCACCCGCCGAUCGACGUCGAAGAGUAG